CAUCUGUCAGUGUCAAUUUUGUUUAUUUGCCGAGCAGCUUUUGUACAGGCCGUAUUUUUAAUUUAUAAUGUAACUAAUCAAGGAAGCAAAUAUGUCCUUAGGAAAAAUCAGAAUGUCCAAAGUAUGUUUCAUACUAAUUAUAGUCGCAUUCUUUGCUAUCUCCGCUGUUAUUUUCAACCAAAUCUACCUAACCUCAACCAUGGUUGUAGAUGAGGAGUUUCACCUUCCCCUUGGCAUAUCUUACUGCAAGUUUAAUUUCUUCGUGUGGGAUCCUAAAGUAACAACUUUACCAGGGCUGUAUUUAGUCAGUGCCCUGUUUAUGGGCCCCCUCAAAUUGUGCACCAUUUACUGGAUGCGAUUUGUGUCGCUCGUAUGUUCUAUCUUUAAUAUCAUUUUAUUCUACAAACUUUUUAGGAAAUAUGAAAAGAAUGAAUGGGGAAACAUAUUAUCGUCUAUUACAUUAGCUCUGCUGCCUCCAUUGUACUUUUUUAGCAACUUUUAUUACACUGACGUUGUGUCCAUGACUAUGAUUCUGUCAAUGAUUGUUGCUAAUGAAAAGAAACAUCACUAUCUUGCAGCUAUCUUUGGUUUGUUCUCUGUCAUUUGUCGCCAGACAAAUGUUGUAUGGGUGGGACUAAUAGCUGCAAGAUAUAUUUUGACUGAGUUGUAUUCUUUUACAAAACUAAGACAACAGGAAAAAGGGGUACCAGCCAAGGAUCUAUUCACCUUUUUCAGAAGAGUGAUAAAACGUCCACUAAAAGUCUUGGAAAACUCUAAUAUCCAAUUUUGGUUGGAUACUUUGUCCUAUUUAGCAACUUUGGGAACAUUUGUGUUGUUUAUAAAGAUUAACGGUAGCAUCGUAGUUGGAGAUAAGUCAGCACAUGAGGCAACAAUUCAUAUACCUCAACUUUUUUAUUUCUCUAUAUUUUGUCUAGUGUUUGCUUGGCCACAUUUUGUAGGGGAAGUUCUGAAUUUCAUCACUUUUACAAAGAGAAACAAAUUACUUAUUUUUAUUUUGAUAAUUAUAUGUUUUUUGAUUGUUUAUGCAAAUACUUUGGUCCAUCCAUAUAUGUUAGCUGAUAAUCGUCACUACAUCUUUUAUAUUUGGAACAGAUUUUAUGGAAAAUAUGCUCUGUUUAAAUACACAAUCAUUCCUGUCUAUAUAUUUGCAUGGUAUGUGAUUAUAAAAUCCCUAUACAGCAAACAUGAUAUAAGUUUUCUUGCGUUGUACUUACUAUGUACCACUGCUGUAUUAAUUACACAAAAGUUGAUAGAAGUCCGCUACUUCUUUAUUCCAUACAUCCUCUUCAGGCUGAGAAUAAAAACAAAUACAAAUUCUGUGUUCAAUAUUGUACUGGAAUUUGUGACUUACCUGGUUGUAAACAGCAUUACUUUAAAUUUAUUUUUCACCAAAACUAUCAUAUGGCCAGAGUAUGAAGAUCCCCAAAGGUUAAUUUGGUGAAUUAAACCCAUGAUACCAAAAUUAUUUAUUUUGUGAUAUUUUGUUAUGAUUUAAAAAAUUGUUUGUUUUGUAUUAUAUUUACUUCAAGCAUUCCAGACUUAACUAUGUUUAUGAUUAAACUUCUUUCACCUAAAAUUGUACCUUUGAUUUUUAGAUAAACAGAAAUUUUGUGAAACAUGUAUAUAUUAUAAUAGCAGAACAUGCCAAAAUAUUGCUAGAUUUACCAAUGACUUUUUCCAAUAACAUUAUUGGCUUCUUUAACGUAACAACAAAAUAAAUGUGUCCAAAUAAAUAUUCUUCUAAAGAUUUACUAUUUGUAACUAAACCAUAUUUUUGUAGACUGUAAAAAAUUAUGUCGAUUUCUUUAUAUUAAAAUAUGUUUAUUUAUAUAUUUUUUUUAAAUGCAUGUUUCUUAAAAAGUAUUUUGAAAUACUGUAUAUGUUAUCUACCAUGUUUGCUGAAUCAAAAACCAAUCUAGACUGAUUGGCCACUUCUAAAAAAUAUCUUAUUGGUACAGUUAGUGCACUAUAACCAUUGUUUGUAAAGAAUUUAUGUUGUGCAAACAUAUACAGAGUUUGGAAAAAUUACGUCAUUCCGUUUUGAUUUUAUUUCGGUUCGAAAGACCAUUUGUGAAGUUGAUUUUGGGCACAAAAUAUUUUAUUUUAUAAAUAGGUGCAACUCAAGAAUGACAAUUUCUUUACUGAACUGUGUAUUAUAAUUAAAUGUAAUAUUCAACUUGUCGAAAUUAAAUAACAACAUAUUUUAUGAAGAACAUUGAAAAAUAUAAGGCAUUAAAAAGAAUAUGGAUGGUUUUAUUUUUAGAACCAAAAUACUUGAGGUUUAUCAUUUUAUUUUUAUUACUGAAAACAAAAUACAAUUAAAUUUAUGCCUUAUAAAAACGUUUCAGUUAAAUCAAGUCUUAAAUAAAUAGUUUCUAGACAUAUGCACAAAUGAUUAAGUAUUAAAAUCAGGGUUUUUUCUUAAUAUAACAAAACCUUCCAUGAUGGGUGUAAGUGCUAUAUAUUCUUCAGUGGCGAGCUCAGCCCUUUCUCCAUAUGCUAACAAUACUGGAGUUGUAUGCGUUUGAAAACCUGUAAUUGUUUUCGGUUUUCCUGCUUGUCCAACUACAUCCACA